AUGUCUAAGCAAGGAGACGACUGCUACUUCUAUUUCUAUUCCACCUGUAACAAGGGAGACAGCUGUUCCUUCCGCCACUGUGAGGCUGCUCUGGGCAAUGAGAGAGUGUGCAGGCUGUGGCGGGAGGGUCGCUGUUUCAGGACUAGCUGCAGGUUCAGACACAUGGAAGUCGAAAAAAAACGCAGUGAGAUUCCUUGCUACUGGGAGAAUCAACCAGCUGGCUGUCAAAAAUCCAACUGUGCGUUCCGUCACACGAAAGGACGUUAUGUCGACGGACGCUUCUUCCCGCCAAGCAAAACUACGCUUCCAAGUCCCCCUGAGUCUGCAGAAGAUGCUGUGAAAAUGGCUCAGGCGUCACUGCAGCAAAACAAACUUUCUGUCCAGUCAAAUCCCUCUCCGCAGCUGAGGGGGGUGAUGAUAGUGGAAAACUCUGAAAAGGUCCCAAGUCCUACGCAUCCUCCAGUUGUAAUCAAUGCUGCAGAUGAUGAUGAAGAUGGGUACUUUUUACUUCCUGAAGACCAGCUUUCUGAAGAAGGAGGUGAAACUAAAACAGUUGUCCAGCAACCGGCAACAGAAGCCCCUAGUGGAUCGCGGAUAAUUUCCACUAGGAAAUGCAGCGGUAAUACAAAGCAAGAGGACAAUUUAAAUUUUGGAAUAAAAACACUUGAAGAAAUCAAAUUGGAGAAACUAAAGGAAAAAACAAAAAAGGAGCCUGUGAUUCAACUGAACCUUGGCGAGAGGAUGGGAAAACGGAAAGCCUCCACAGCUGGUAAAAGUGUCCUUCCGCUAAAGCGCAACCUUGCUGACAGGCUGGGGAAGAAGACAGAGGUUCUGGAUAGUGCUGACAAAGCAGCAAAGAGAGGUACAGUUCAAGUCCCCAGGUCUCUGAAGGAGAGGCUAGGACUGUCCUCUGAGCAGACCAGUACAGAGACAGAUAAGAACUGGCUAUUAAAGAAGGCUGCUAAGCCAGCAGGAGAGAUCCAUGUGAAAACAGUGGAGGAAAUUCGACUUGAGAGAGCUCAUCGGAGACGAGGAGAACCUCAAGGGAAACCCCAGACUGAAGGACGUUGUAAAACAGAAGAUCCCAGCUCGGGGGCAAGACUUUCCCCUGCAGUUCGUGUGAAAACUUUCUCAGGAUCCCUGGCUGAAAAAAACCACAAGCGAUUGGAAGGAGAGAAGCGAAAACCAGAAGAGUUUCCUACCGAGACAAAAGUUGAGAGGAAACCCAAGAAGCAGAGCAUACUUGCUCCGUCUGUGCUCAGCCAAGUGCGCCCGGCAGAGCCGGCAGGUAAAGCCAAGCCAGCAGGAGAAGUGCGUGUUAAAACCUUGGAAGAAAUCAAGCGGGAGAAAGCUCUGCGGAUGCAGCAGAGUGGAGGAAAAGUGCCAGCUCCACCAGCACAACCUGAACCUGCCCCGACAGGGAGGAGGUUGUUACGGAUCACAAAGCUAAUAGCACCUGGAAGAGAAGAAAAGAAGAUAGUGGAAUUGAGCAAGCCUUUUCCCAAAGCUGUCUCUGCACCCGCAGAGAGUGCAACUAAUUCCAAAGUUCAAGUGAAGAGCCUUGAAGAGAUAAUGUGGGAGAAGCGGCAGCUGAAGCAACGCCAAGAAGAGAAGCUUCAGAAGGAAGCAGCUGCUGUGCCAUCUCCUGUUGAACAGGCAAUCAAGGAUAAAAGUCGAGCAUCAGGGAGUCCUGAAUCCAGUGUGGUUUCAGGGUCAGCUUAUCAGCUUCCAAAGAGGAUAUUGGUGAAAUCUCCGGGAGAUGGGGUUGAAAGCCCAGGAAAGGGUGCUGCCGUAUCACCAGGGAAACGGGCAGCUCAACUCCAGGAAUGGAAAGCUGAAACCAAAUGGAAGGUGUGCCUGAAGCCUUUGGAUGGGAAAGCCACCUUCCCCACAAAGCAGCCACUGAAACGUAAGGCAGCCGAGAGUCAUCCCUCUGCCGUGGCGGCUGUGAAGCCAUUGAGUGCCACUGGUGGCGACGGGAAGGAGCCUUCAGCUAAAAAAGCAGCUGCCAUUGUUCCGGCUUUGCCAGAGGACAGCCUCCUCUCCAUACGUGGGAGAGAAAAACCCCAAGCCAGUCCUGAACUGCACCUUGGAAGCCAGGCAGACUCUGUGGCACAGUCAGAGGUCACAAGCUCGACCUCAGCUUCCACACAAGUAGCGGUAAAGACACACCAGCUGAGCUCCACAGGGGCCUGGGAAGCCCCCUUCUCUGUAGAAGACGACUUUGAGAAGUUUCUUUGGGAAAUCUCAGGAGGCAAACUGGAAGACAUAAUUGACCCAGACCCAGAGAAGGAUGAGGAUGAGCUCCUCAUGGAACUUGCUGAAAUG